GCUAAUCCAUAAAAAGCCUACGUAAUAUACAUGAAAUGUCACUUUUAUUUAUAUACAUAUGCUUAAAAAUUAUUUUACAUUACUAUUUGGAAAUAAUGAUAAGGUAGUAGAAUAUCAACUUUAUUAACUUAACUAUGAGUUUCAAUAAAUCGAUAGAAAAAUUUCUUAAUGAAAAUUACGAAGAUAACGGUGCUAAGCAGAUAUCAUUAUUACUUAGGACUGUACCUAUUUUAAACGAACUUUUCAGUAUACAUUAUAAAGUUGGUGAAGGUACAUUUAGUUCAGUCUACCUUGCUACAUUAAAAAAUUCAUUACAAUCCAAAAAUUUUGCUGUGAAACAUUUAAUUCCUACUUGUCAUCCUGGACGAAUUGAACGUGAAUUACAAUGCCUUAAGGAUAUUGGAGGUAAAGACUAUGUUGUUGGUUUAGAUCUAUGCCUACGUCAUGCUGGAUCAGUUGUUUUUGUAAUGCCUUUUAUGAAGCAUGAUAAAUUCUCAGAUUAUGUACAAGAUAUGAAACCAAUAGAAAUGAAAGGCUAUAUGAAAGCUUUAUUAACAGCUUUACAUAGAGUUCAUAAAUUUAACAUAAUUCAUAGAGAUAUUAAACCAAGUAAUUUUUUGUAUGAUAGAAGUAAUAAAAAGUAUUUACUAGUAGACUUUGGAUUAGCACAGCAAUAUACUCCUGGUGUAAAAAUAAAAAAUAUUAAUUCUGAAAUAAAUCAAAAUAAAUUUCAAUAUACAGAAAGAAAGAGUUUUAAUGAAAAUACAAUUGAUAGAAGCUUAAAAACAUCAAACAAACCAGUAGGAGAUAAAUGUUACUGUUUUGGGAAGUCAAAAAUAUGUUCACUAUGUUUGAUAAGACCAUCUCAAGCAGCAUCUCGUGCAGGGACACCUGGCUUUAGAGCUCCAGAAGUUUUAUUAAAGUAUCCUUGGCAAACACCAGCAAUCGAUAUUUGGGCCUGUGGUGUCAUGAUGCUAAGUAUACUUAGUGGAACACAACCUUUAUUUCGAUCCCCAGAUGACAUGACAGCACUAGCAGAGAUUACUGCAAUUUUUGGUUCUAAUGCAAUGCAGCAAUGUGCAAGAAAUCUUGGCAAAAAACUUAUAUUUAGUUCUGAAAUUCCUGGUAUUGAUAUUGUUUUACUUUGUCAAAAAUUACAAACUCGUAAGAAAUACUCAAAAAGUACUGCAUCUGAAACCUUUAAGCAGGAAAUUAGAUUCAAUUAUCCAGAAGAUGCAUAUAAUUUACUUGCAAAACUGCUGGAUAUAGAUUAUAAAACACGAAUUACUGCAGAUCAAGCAUUAUUACAUCCAUUUUUUAAUUCAUAAACUGGUACCUAUGUGCACAUACACAUGCACACAUAUAGAAAUA